UGCACAAAAGGGCACGGCAGGUUCUGGACAUCGAUAGGAUGUACAACAUGGUCACAGAAACCCUCAUCUGUACCAAGCCUCGCAUGUGUCCUGGAGUCAGACCAUCCUGCAACAGCUGGAUCUGGGCCAUCGCUCUGAAUUUCGGGUCAUCCUCACGCGGAAGUAUGCCUGUGACAUGAGAGUCAUUCGGCUCCUCUCUGAGCGUGGCUAGGCAACAGUCCCACGCGGGUCAUUAAACAGCUGCGUGAGAACCACAGCGAGGAGUGGCUCCAACGUAUGGCCCGCGUGGUACACCACCCAAUGCGUGGACUUCCUCAAACGUCCCGGGGUGUUGCAAAUAAAGUUCCAGGAACCCCCAGAGCCUACAGUGGUGCCAAGCUGCAAGUGGCUGCUCACCGUUUACAGCCAAGACAUCCUGACAAGGCUGGAUCAUGAAAUCCAUGCAAGGAUAACAUGUGGAUGUGGAUAUGGUUCAGUCUUGAAGAUGGAUUCCACUUAAAAGAUCACCAAGAAGCUGGCUGGGACGGCAAGGGGAACGGGACUCUGGCUUACCUCUGUUGGCAAUGAGUUUGGUCAGGUGCUCAUGAGUGUGCUGACUGCACAGGAAGGAGCAGGACUGGACAAGAUGGUUGAUGGUCUGGUGAAAAGGUACCAGCAGGCUGGUGUGGAUCCACCUACUGUUUUGUACGUGGACUGUGGCUGCUGCACUGAUGUGGGUGAGACCAAGCUAAAAACCAGAUUCAGAGGUUGGCCUGAUCUCAUGAUUCGCUUGGACAUCUGGCAUUAUAUGCGCAGGAUCGCCAUGGGGUGUACAACUGAUGCCCAUCAGCUGUAUCCCAUCUUCAUGUCACGGCUGUCAGCGUGCAUUUUUGAGUGGGAUGCGGCUGAUAUUUCUAUGCUUCGCAAAGCAAAGAGAGAGCAGUUGUUAUCCCAGGGCUGGCCUGCGCUGACAGAUGAAGAUGUCAACAAGCAUCUCACCAGGGAGGAGCUAGCACUGCAUUGCCGGAGGAGGACCUGUGGAGAGGAGACUACCAUCCUUCUCCUUGAGCGGCUGCUUACAGAGCUCCUGAGCAGUGAGGGCAAAGACUCCCUGGGUGUUCCUCUCCUGGGCCGAGAAAGGAUGGAGCACAUCUGGAAUGUCCAGAAGAAGCAUGUGAAAUGCAUUCAAGACCCCCCUGGUGUUGUGCUCUACACAGAGACAGGGACCCUAAACAAGGGAGGCGUGCUUCUGAAGACAUACAGAUGUGCCAGAGGCUCCACUUCUCUCGAGUCCUUUCAUUUACACCUGAACCGUUUCAUCCCAGGGGCCAGUGCAAACAGUCUGAAUUUUCAGAUUUAUCUGCUGGAGGGUGUACACCGGUGGAACCAGGACCGGGAGGCUGCUUCCCUGUCAUCGGAGCCAUCAGCUUUGCGCAGCUACACAGGAGAACUUGUUCACUGUGUAAACGGUGAGCUCAUUGGGGUGCAGUAUCUGUUCCAGCAGACUGGUCAGGCACUGCAGGACAUGAAUCCAGACUCUGAGCAGACAGCAGAGCUCACUGAGGACCUCAGUGUGGAGGAGCGAGAUGAAGAUGAGGGCUACUGUGACAUCAGCGAGGAUCACACAAUAGCAGAUCCGGAGGCUGUACUGUCACCACCCUCUUCCACACUGACACUGGGUUCUUCCACCCUGGUCGCCAGCAGUGCCACACAUGUACUGGGCAGGGCUCCACAUCCCCUUUACUGGUCCCUGACCCCAAACUUCACACAGUCUCCUUCAUCACCUGGACCCUCAGGAACUGCCGUCACACCUGUUCUCUCUGAAACAUCUGUUUCAACUCUCCCCUCAGAUCCAGAGGAUGCUGGGCAGGAUGAUGAUGAUGAUGAUGAAGAGAUGGUGCCAAUGGUCCAGGGUGUGCCAAUGGUCCAGGGUCUGCUAAUGAUCCAGGGCAUCCCAAUGGUCCAGGCCAGGGGAUGCAAAUGA